GCCUCCACCCCCACCCUCCACGUCCGCCCAGCUCUACUUCUGCGCAGUCUCCUGGAAUUGUUUGCUGUCGCUAUGGCAACCCAGUAGCUUGGGUCGGAAGAUGGACACCAACGAGUCUGCGGAGGGAUCGCGCCUGCGUUCUUCGGAAAUACAGCCCAGCUCCGGAGGACCAGGGUCCACUUCGGAACAAUUUCCUUCCUCGGAUGGCCGUCCUAGGACUGCCCUGGCAGCCGCAACCGCGGCAGCUGCAGCGGCUGCAUCGGCUGCAUCAGCUGCCGCCGCCGCCAGAGCAGCUGCACUGCGUGCACAGGGCCAGGCGCCCGAUUCCGCGUUCACAGAGCCUUCCUCUGACAGUCGUCUUCAACCCAGCUUUGCCCACAAGAUAGGCCAUGGGAGUCCUGGCCUUGAGCCCGUCCGUGUUUCCUAUAUGGCUCGGGAUCCCUAUACUACAACCGACCUUAGCUCUAGCCCUGGCCUCCUGACUGGUUCUAGCACGGGUCCUGCUCCUGGCUAUAGCCAUGGCCUGAUUACUAGCUCCAGUUCUGGCCCUGCUCCUGUCUUCAGUUCAGGUCCUGGCCAUGGCUCUGUCCCUGGCUCCAGCUCUGGUCCUGGCCAAGGCUCCAGCUCUGGUCCUGGCCAAGGCUCUGUUCCUGGCUCCAGCUCUGGUCCUGGCCAAGGCUCUGUCCCUGGCUCCAGCUCUGGUCCUGGCCAUGCCCCUGGCCCUGGCUCCAGCUCUGGUCCUGGCCAUGGCUCUGUCCCUGGCCCCAGCUCUGGUCCUGGCCAUGGCUCUGUCCCUGGCUCUGCCACCAGUCCUGGCCAUGUCCAUAUUGCUACCUCUACCUCUGGUCCUAGCCAUGGUUUUGGCUCUGGUCGAGGCUCUGGGCCUGCCUCUGGGCCUGGUCCAGGCUCUGGCCCUGGCCUCAGCUCCAGCACUUCUCCAAAGUUCAGAAGUCUCGGAACAGACCUGGUCCCCAAUUAUGCCUCCUGGAGCCACCAGUGCCACUGGGAGCCUCAGAAACAACCACAGUGGGAAUCUCUGCGAGUCUCAGAACCUGGCUCCCGCGGCCCCCAGAAGCCCUCAGAGGUUGAAAGGAAGUCCAAGGUUUUCGGUGAAGCACUGCCGCGGGGCCAGUGUCUCCUCUACAACUGGGAGGAAGAGAGAGCCACCAACCACUUGGAUCAAGUCCCACGCAUGCAGGAUGGCUCCGAGAGCUUCUUCUUCCGACACGGACACCAAGGGCUGCUGACCUUGCAGCCACAGUCACCCAUGCCCUCCAGCACCACCCACAAGGACUCAUACCAGCCCCCGGCAAGCUUCCGGCAGCCACUUCGAGGGAAGCGUGAAGCCAUGGUGGAAAUGCUCCUGCGCCAUCAGAUCUGUAAAGAGGUACGGGCAGAGCAGGAGCCCACCACCAGGAAGCUCUUGGAGGUCGAGUCAGUGACACACCAUGACUACCGAAUGGAGCUGGUGCAGGCAGGGCCUCCUGCCCCAACCAAGCCUCAUGACUACCGGAAGGAGCAGCCCGAAACCUUCUGGAAGCAGAGGGCACGGCAGCUGACGGGCGUCAGUAACAUCAGGACGCUGGACACGCCAUUCCGGAAGAACUGCAGCUUCUCAACGCCCGUGCCCUUGUCUCUGGGGCAGCCUUUGCCCUAUGAACCUGCGAGUCACCCCUACCAAUCAGCAGAAAUGUCUUCCCUUGCCUGUCAGGGAGGAGGGCGGGGCUGCGAAGGGGGGAGAGUGACUCCUGUCUAGGGGUUGGGAAGGGAAGCGGGACAUGGGAUAUGGAAUCUCUGGACUGGACAGGUGGGGAGAAAGUUAGAGUUCGCUGUGCUUGAUGAAGGGGGCCUUAUAUAAAGGGUUCUCUCC